AUGCCAAAUGGGAAGGACAAGAAGCAGAACUUCCUCAGGCGCAAUUCAUCUGUCAGUAUAUCUGAUGCCAGGAUCGCCGGACUGUACGACUUGGAGCACACCAUUGGCAAGGGUCAUUUUGCGGUUGUGAAAUUGGCUAGACAUGUGUUUACUGGUGAGAAAGUAAGUUGUAUUGUUUUUUUAAUGUCUGUUAUAUUGUUUUAGGUCGCCGUUAAGGUUAUUGACAAAACAAAACUGGACCCUGAGUCGGCAGCUGAUCUCAUGCAGGAAGUAAGUGCAUUCGAAGUUGUUUUGAUGUCAAUUUAGGUGCGAUGUAUGAAAUUGGUGCAACAUCCGAAUAUCGUGAGGUUAUACGAAGUUAUUGACACCAAGACCAAGUUGUUUUUGAUUUUGGAGUUGGGAGACUAUGACAUGUACGACUAUAUCAUGAAGACAUCGGAGAAAGGGAUUAAAGAAAGUGAUGCUCAACAGUAUUUUAGUCAGAUAACCAAGGCUAUCGAUUAUUGUCACGCUUUGCAUGUUGUUCAUCGUGAUUUAAAGGUAAUUUUAAUUUCUUAUUUUUAUUAUAGGAGUGUCUAUUUUAAUAUUGAUUAAUUAAAUUUAUAUUUAGCCUGAAAACGUUGUGUUUUUUGAAAAGGUGGGUAUGGUUAAAUUGACAGACUUCGGUUUCUCCAACUUGUAUACGCCUGGCCAGAUGUUAACCACAUCUUGUGGUAGUUUGGCUUACUCAGCGCCAGAAAUCUUAUUGGGUGAUUCUUAUGAAGCUCCAGCUAUUGGUGAGUGCAAUGCAUUAAAAUUAAAGUUUUUAGAUGUUUGGUCUCUGGGUGUUAUAUUGUACAUGCUGGUUUGUGGAAGGUUACCGUUUCAAGAAGCGAAUGAUUCGGAAACCUUGACAAGGAUACUCGAUUGUAGGUACACUAUUCCUGACCAUGUUUCACCAAAUUGCAAAGAGUAAGGUUUUUAAAUUAAUUUGAUUUAUACCUAAAAUAAUGUUGGUUUCUUGAAUUUUGAGUUCAAUUUUUUAACUCUAUAUUAUUAUUUUAGUUUGAUCCAGAAGAUGUUAGUACGUGAUCCCACGAAACGUGCUUCUCUUCCCGACAUUCUGAAUUCCCCUUGGGUUGUAGCUGGGGAUCGUGGUCACGCUGAAGCUCUACCACUCGUGUUCCGUGACCAUCUUCCGGAUGUAGCUCACUCGACCAUAAUUGAGCAGAUGGUGGCCGGAGGCAUUGGCACGGAAGAGAAUAUAUUAAAGUAUGUUUUCGUUUUAAUUUAUUGUACCUAAAUUUAGUUCGAUCGAGAGAGGAGAGUACAGUUACCUAACAGCUACCUAUUACUUGCUGGCCGAACGAAUACUCUCUGGUUACCGUGAAGAACAAGCCCAGAAACUGAGGAAGAUAUCUUCCAGUACUAACGAGGAUGUGGAGUACAAUUCAGGACCUGUUACCGCGAAUAAUGCUGCCAGAAGUCGUAGUAAUUCGUUCCGUGGGCUAAACAAUCGCCGAGCGUGCACGAUACUCAAAGAAGAAAGCGAAGAGGAACUGUCUUCGUACUUAAGGUCUUCUUCGAGACAAUCGUCAAGGUAUGUUGUUGUAUCUAUUUUUCUAUGCUUUGAUGGACUGUGCUUACGUUGUAUGGUGUUUUGGUACUUUUGCUUUGUUAGGUACUUCAAUCUGAAGAAGGAGGGGUCGUUGAGGCGAAGUUUUCCAAGCCGAGCGUCCAGCGCAGAGUCUUCCAGAACCAACAACCCAACCAUUUCGGAAGACCUCGCGGUUUCGUAUCGAGAAGAUGAAAAAGUGCCAUUAAACGACAGUCAUCUGUUACCCAAAGACCACACCUUCGAAGAGCUGAGUCCCAUCAGAGAAAUGAUGGAGAACCAGGCCUCCACGAACGGCUUGUCGUGUAGCGGUGUUGUUGGUGGUCGUCAACCAAGCACUGAUCCUUCCUUUAAUAGAACUCCUUCUGCUCCUAUCCCUAUUAGCUCUCUCGCUCAACGAACCAAACGACAGCACAAACACGUACUGUCACGAAGGUAUUUCUUCAGCUCUGUCCGUGCUUUCUCUGUGAGACCUCUGUGCCCAAUUAUGCUUUCAUUUUCAGGAACUCUUCUCCUUCCGUGUCCAUGUUUGCUAAAUGCAGUAUAUACAGUUCGAGGGACAGAAUCAGUCCUCAUGCUAUCCAAGAACUACUCGAGCUUUCACGGUAUUCUAGUAUGAAGAGAGCCGCUUCGCCUGAUCGAUUGGAUUCCCCAAUUAGCCGAAGCUCGAGUCCAUCAUCCAGCGGAAGGACGUCGCCGGCUGUCAGUGUUUCUGGUAUCACUGCCAGACUUAAGGCGUCGACUUUGGCGUCAUCUACUGGAAUGCGAAAGCUGAGCUCAUCUCCACAUUUGCUAGGCAUUUGUGAGGUAUGUUUGAUCACUUAUCUUAAUAUUUUAUCUCUGUUUGGAAGGUAUUAUCAUAUUGUCACAUUGUACCAUAUUAAUUAUAUGAUUUUAGGAGAUCGAGGAUUCAGAAGAGCCUGCGUCAUCUUUUAAAACCGAAGCGGCGCCUGUCUUCUCUGUUGACGGUAGCCUUGGUAAGUCCGGUAGGGACGCUCGUUCGGCUUCUACAGGGUAUUCUGGUCACAGAUGGCAGAUAGACCCUCAUCUGAAGAACCAUUCUUUUGGAGAACUGAACAAGAAGUCAUCGAGCUACGCAUCGUUACGAGCGAUCCGGACAAAGCAACUGCAGUCGCCAGAUGUCAGCCGUUUGGAAAAUCAUUACCGUAUACCUGGACGGUCCAGGAGAUCAACCAGGUGAGUUCUGUCACAUCUGGAUUUCUUAAUUAUAUUAGUGUUUCAGUUGCUCUUCCAGUGACACAUCUGAUGACGACUGCAACGAGCGACGACUGAACUUAAUCGCCAUGAAGUAUUGUAAACGGAAUUCAGAUGAGACCAAUUCCGACGACGAUCCUCCGGCUUCUGGCUCCGAUUGGAGGCCACAGCUCACGCAUUCCAAGUCAGAGGGUCGUCAGUCCAGUGACACCACCAAGGCCAACGACGCUCAAGGGACUUCUUACAUGGUCGCAGAUGAUAUGUGUCAGAAACGGGUCAAUCUACAUCCCAUCUUGGAACAUCCCACAAAUAAUGAUAGCUACACGGAAGAGCGUUCGGCCGAUCGGUUCUCCGAAGACGGCUCUUCCGAGGACAACUUUUGUCGCCACCUGAGAAGAUCGUGCUCGUUGGAAGGCAGGUCCAAGAAGCGCAUCGAAUGUCCUGACGAAGCUCCAUUGUAUUAA